ACGGCUCUGUUGUGGCGCUAGCUGUCCUUGUUGAUAAAGCAUUUGGCAUUCAAAAUAAAAAAAAAACGAUUUUCUGGGAGCAGCCUAUCGGAGCGGGCACGGGCGGCGGGGACGCGCCUGAGGAGAGGGCUAGGAGUGGGGACUGGGGAGAGAGAUGUGACCGGAGGGACCCUGCUUGUGUCCUCCGCCCUGAGGCAGGCGACAUCCCUCUGCUGAACCGGAGGAGCCGGCGGCCGCCGCCAUGGCGGAGAAGGGAAGGCUCAGCUUCCCGGGAGCGCUGAACAGGCCGGUGCCCAUGAACUUGUUCGCCACUUGGGAGAUUGAUGGAUCCAGCCCCAGCUGUAUUCCCAGGCUCUGCAGUCUGACUCUGAAGAAGCUUCUAGUUGUGAAGGAGCUGGACAAGGAGCUGAUUUCAGUAGUCAUUGCUGUGAAAAUGCAGGGAUCCAAGCGCAUUCUUCGCUCUCACGAGAUUGUGCUGCCGCCUAGUGGACAAGUGGAAACUGAUCUGGCCCUGACCUUUUCUCUGCAGUACCCUCACUUUUUAAAAAGGGAAGGAAACAAACUACAGAUCAUGCUUCAGAGGAGGAAAAGGUACAAGAACCGGACCAUCCUGGGGUAUAAGACGCUGGCGAUCGGAUGCAUCAACAUGGCCGAGGUCAUGCAGCAUCCCUCUGAAGGAAGCCAAAUAUUAAGCCUCUUUAGUAACCUGAAGGAGGCCUCUGCCAAGGUGGCCGAAAUCUGGAUCUUCUCACUCUCUAGUCAACCGAUUGAUCAUGAAGACAGUGCCAUGAACACCAGCCAGAAGAUCAAGUCCACAGAUAAUUAUUCUGAAGAAGAGUAUGAAAGUUUUUCUUCAGAGCAGGAAGCAAGUGAUGAUGCCGUACAAGGCCAGGAUCUAGAUGAUGAUGAAUUUGAUGUGGGGAAACCAAAGAAGCAGCGAAGAACGAUAGUAAGAACAACGUCCAUAACUCGGCAACAGAACUUCAAGCAGAAAGUCGUGGCCCUGUUACGAAGGUUUAAAGUGUCUGAUGAGGUGCUUGACUCUGAACAGGAUCCGGGGGAGCACGUUCCGGAAGUCGAGGAGGAUAUGGACCUACUGUACGACACCCUGGAUAUAGAAAACCCCAGUGAUAGUGGACCUGAAAUGGAAGAUGACGACAGUGUCCUCAGCACGCCCAAACCAAAAUUAAAGCCUUACUUUGAGGGUCUUUCACACUCCAGCUCUCAGACGGAGAUUGGGAGCUUGCAUAGCAUCAGAAGCCAGAAAGAAUUGCCAAGCCCUCACAGCAACGUCCACUUUGAGAAACCUCACCGUGACCUCCCUCCGUCUGCGAACACUGACUCCUCACCAAAAUUCCAUUUAUCUGCUCAGCUUGAGGAUCCUGAAAGACGGACAUCCCUACCCAAGCAUUCGCCUGAGAGCACAUCUGACACUACUUCGCUGGAUACCUCUCAGCAGGAUGCACAGGAUAUUGAACUUUCCACGCUGGAUGUUUUCGUGGAGAGGUUGCCCCCAAGCGGAAAGAUAACGAAGACCGAGUCCUUGAUUAUUCCUUCUACUCGGUUGGAAGGAAAGCAGACAGGACGACGUGGUAGAAGCACAUCUCUGAAAGAAAGACAAGCAUCUCGACCUCAGAAUGAGAGAGCCAACAGCCUCGAUAAUGAGCGUUCACCAGAUACUCGGAAUCAUCUCCAGAUCCCAAGAAAAACUGUAUAUGAUCAGCUAAACCACAUCCUGGUUUCCGAUGACCAUCUUCCUGAAAACAUUAUCCUCAUAAACACUUCAGACUGGCAGGGCCAGCUUCUUUCAGAUAUCUUACAAAACCAUGACCUUCCUUUAGUGAGCACCUGCUCUCCAGCCGAUAUUCAAGCUGCAUUUAAUACAAUAGUAUCCAGAAUACAGCGAUACUGUAAUUGCAAUUCGCAGCCGCCAAUUCCUGUAAAAGUUGCAGUAGCGGGAGCUCAGAAUUACCUCAGUGCUGUGCUCCGACUCUUCGUGGAGCAGCUGUCACACAAGACUCCAGACUGGUUAGGAUACUUGCGCUUUCUCAUCAUCCCCUUAGGUUCUAAUCCUGUAGCUAAAUACCUGGGCACUGUGGACUACAAAUACAACAACCUCUUCCAGGAUUCAGCUUGGAGAGAACUGUUCACAAAACUGGAUGCACAAACCGCAGAUGUUUCCCUGCUGUCUACAAUACAGGACCCGUCAGAUGUAGUUUCGCGUGUUACACAGUACAUUGCUGGAGCAAACUAUGCACAUCAGCUGCCUAUAGCGGAGGCCAUGUUGACUUACAAACAGAAAAGUCCUGAUGAGGAUUCAUCACAGAAAUUCAUACCUUUUGUUGGUGUGGUAAAAGUUGGUAUUGUGGAGCAGUCGUCUGCAACCUCCGGAGAUUCAGAUGAUGCUGCUCCGUCCGGCUCCACUGUACUGUCAUCCACUCCCCCCUCUGUGUCGCCAGCUAUCAAGGAAGCCUCUCCGACUCCUCCGUCCUCUCCUUCUGUUACAGCUGGAUUUUCUUCGCCCAGCCAAAGCCCUGGGGGUGAGCUCAUGGGACUUCAGUUGGAUUACUGGAUAGCAGCCCCGGUCACUGAGAAGAAGAAGGAGGCUGAGAAAAGGGAAUCUACAUCCGCUAAGAACACUUUAAAAUGCACUUUUCGCUCGCUGCAGGUCAGCAGGCUCCCCAACGGUAACGAUGUCCCCGCUGCUCCCACCAUGUCCAUGACCGUUGUCACAAAGGAGAAAAACAAAAAAGUCAUGUUUUUGCCUAAAAAGACUAAAGACAAAGAUGUAGAAUCUAAAUAUCAAUGCAUUGAAGGCAUCAGCAGAUUGAUUUGCACAGCGAAACAUCAGCAGAACAUGCUCAGAGUGCUCAUUGAUGGUGUCGAAUGGAACGACGUGAAGUUUUUCCAGCUGGCAGCCCAGUGGUCGUCUCAUGUCAAGCACUUCCCCAUCUGUAUAUUCGGACACUCAAAAUCCAACUUCUAGCCUUUUGCUGCAGAGGUCGUCUUUUCAACACUACUUCUUAAAAUCCUGGGUCUCUGGAUAUCACACACUAACUUGUGCCAACGGCUCUUUCCAGCAGAGAACCAUCCACUUACUCCCUUUUGCAUUUUUUUUUUUUACUAUUGUGUUACUAUUGCUCAGAUUAUUUAAAGCUAAGCUUGAAGUUACAUUUUUUUUUUUUGUAUUUGUAAUGUUACAUCCGAGGGAGUAAAUCUUUAUUUUUUGUUUUAAAAAAAGGAAACUGAAAAGUCUUAACUACACUCUCGGCAGAAAAUGUUGGUACUUUAAAGGCUGCAAAAGCAAAUGCACUGCUUAUACGGUGUUACAUGGUAGAUGAAUAACUAGUGUGAGUGAUGGAUUAAAGGGAACCGGUCAUGGAAUUGUGGUUUUCCCUAUGUGCCAUGCAGUGAGAGCUUCUGCACUUGGCCAUAGUAAUGCUAGCACUAUCUGACAGAUUCUCUUCUUUACAUAGCUGUAGAUGAGGCACGUGUUCCCUUCCUCAAUGUAAAAGGCCACCCAAACUGAGUAAUAUACAGAGGAUGGAGCUGAAAAAACAGAUUCAACAGACAGAUAUAUAUAUCUUUCUUGCUGCCCGCAACAACCUCUAGAGGGCGCUUAGUGGAUACAGUUUACACAUUGAGCUCAUAGUGGAAGCUAAAGG